GGAAGGGGUCUGAAUACUUCCCGAAUGCACUUGGGAGAGUUGAGGUAGCCAUGCUUUACUACUCUCUGAGCAUCCCCGUGGAGAGCUGUGGAAAUGGCGUUUGUCCAUGGUUGUUUAGACUGCGGUCAGGUCAGUGGUUCCUCUAUGGUCUUUACUUCCGUGGGAUUUAAAGGUCGUCUGUUCAGGACCUUAGACAAUAUCCUGUUCUACGGUUCUACCGUCUUAUAUGGGUCUCCGAUUUAAGUGGUUUGGGGUCUCUAGGACCAUUUUCUGGUUUUCAAUUACUAGUCUUUACGAUUGUGCCUGGACUUCAGAUUGACCUUGUAUGGUCCUUACAAUUCAGAACUAUGGUUCAACCACUGUUGUGGUCAGAACCAGGCCUUGACCACAGAAUCAUGUAAUGACCCCUGACCCCUCGCCCUGUUCCUUAGGGCCUGACAGGUUCAUUGACAACAUUAAGCACAUGAUUGGCUACAGCCCGCUGCCCUUCUUCAAGCUGUGCUGGCGCUACCUGACGUCAGCCAUGUGCACGGCGACGUUUGUGUUCUCCUUGGUGUGCUGGAUCCCUCUGUCCCUGGGGAAGUGCAUAGUAGUCCCAGGGUGGGCCACAACUCUGGGCUGGCUUCUCACCCUCCCCUCUGUCUCACUGCUGCCCCCCUGUGCACUUUACACCCUGGCCACCAUCCCCUGCAGCCUAACACAGCGUUUCCGCCGGCUGUGUCAUCCUGCCCUCGACUCCAAUUUGGCCAUGGACCACUGGACCACCUCUCUCACCUUUGAACCCUGUCUGGCUCUCACCGCCGGAAACCCAAGGGACGACCACCCUUGGUUUAGCGAAUGAUACCCUUGGUUUAGCCAAUGAUACGGCCAAUGGACAGAACGGAAUCGGGGGUCAGGGGAUGUUUUUAUGGAGAUGGGAAGGCCUCUGCCCCUCUGUUGUGUCCUCACUGGUAAAUGGAGACAGGAUGGUGGUUGAAACUGUGAUGGAAUCCAGCCUGUAUGCUGUUGGGCCUGGGAUAUGUCUACUGGGCUUAGUGACAUGCCCCUGACUGUGUUUAUUUUUGUGAAUGAAGGAGAGGGGGUGGGGGGAAAGGGAGGGAGAGAUAAAACAGAUCAGACAGGAUGGCAUUGUCUCCCUCAAUCCAUGCAAUGGCUACUGCUAU